UCCAUACAAACCAAACCCAUUUAAUAUUAUUCGUUAUUUAUUUGUAAAUAAUUUAUUAUCGGUUGGGAACCGCAGGGUGCUGUUAUUGACGGCUUCCUUUUGUGUUUCCUCCAAUUUUUUAAUAUUUUUUCUUUACAUGUCAUUCUCCUCCUCUUUAAAAUAAAAAUGGUCAAUCUCUUGAACGAAGCAGAAGAGUUUUCGUCUUUUCUUUUGGGUAGAGAAAAGUCUUCAUCCUUCUCACAGCUUCUGCAAAAUUCGUGCCUUUGCUGCUUUUUCAGGUCGAGAAUCGUGACACCAUGGAAUAUUCGUGUCGCCGGAAUUUGUGAUUUUUCGGCAUGGGAGUCGACGGAAUCCGUCUCCUAACUGUUGUUGCCAUCUCUGGUGGGGUGCUCCUUUUGGCUCUUGGACGCCGGAAAUUUCUACGGCCGCAGGGAGAGCAAGAAGAAGGGCACCACCACAAUUUGAAGAGUAAUUUAAGAGAGGCGGCCUUUGUAGGAAGAAGAAGUUCAGGUUCAGGUAAGAAGAAGAGGGUGAGGUUUUCGGAGGACGUUAAGGAACCGUCAGGUAACAAUGUGGAGUACAGGAGACGUCAUGUUCACGCUUCAAACGGGGUUAGGAAUCGAGAGAGGGUCAAUGGGGGCGUCAAGCACGUGCCAAUAACGAACGCGUGUAAGCAGAAUCUGCUAUCCAAUCGUGCGGCUCUCUAUCACGGGCAGUCACAAUACCGCUCCCAAAUGGCCACACUAAUGAUCUACGCCUAGGCCCUCUCCUGUUUCUCUCCCUGGGUUUCCAUCCUAAUCAUAUCUCUUUUUUUUUUGUCGCCCUAUUUGUACAUAACUUUUUUCAAAUUCGGGCAUCGGUGGUUGCAGGUCUACAAUUCCAACCAUUUAUGCUCGUGAUCUAUUUUGUUUUUGUUUUUUUUUUUUCACUUAUUUUUUUGAAACACUUCCCCUCACGUGCCCCAAUCUUACUCCCACAUAACACUCUCUCUUUUAUAUACAUAUUUUAUUUUUUCAUUUGAUGUUAGGAAAAGAGAGUUGACCCUCUCAUUCUCUCUUUUACUAUGUAUAGAAUUUACAUCAAAUUUAACGGGACAAUAAUUAUGUCAUAUAUUUUGCAGAAGGAAAAUUUUCCAUGAGUCAGCAAGUGCAAGAGCCCGCUGACCUUUCAAUAUCCAUCUUUAAGAUGGACCAAGAUGGACAUUUUGUAAAACUCACGGGUCAAAUUAAAUACGGACGAAGUAAAAAAAUCUCCAAAAAC